AUGUCUAACAAAGCGUUUGUGCAUGAUGGCAAGCCGAAGAUUUCCACGAUGUUGCGCCAGUAUGUCACCAUCAACGGAGUGUCACUCCCUGUUGUUUUCGACACUGCCGCCAGUACUUCCAUCAUGCCAGGCUCGUUUUGUUCUAACCUGCACGCCAUACCGAAACCUCUUCCCAAACUUCACCUGUCGUUUAGUGUAACCGGUUGCAACGGAGUUACCCGGACAGUUGGGACCACAUGUGCCGACAUAUACGUCAGUCUCUUCGGUGAACCGUACCGGCACACUAUUUUCCUUCGUGAUGACAACGCGAUGCCGGAAAUCAUACUGGGCAUGGACUUCAUGGAAAAAAAACCGCUUCAAAUUCGCUGCCAGGACCGCACCAUUGUUCCGGAACAAGCAGCACUCCCAACCGACUACCAAGCCGACCUGCACGAACGCUCAUCCAGCUCCAGCACUGGGACCGACCAACAGGAGUAUUCUGUGUCUACAGAAACAGAAUCCGCCCAAAGUCAACGCCAGCGAUGGAGAAUACGUGUUAUUCCUUCCCGCACGCCUUUCGAGCCGUCUGGCCACCCGCAGCACAACGACGCGCUCUCCCGCGGCGAUAUCCUCCUCGAACACGCCAUCGUAACCGUCCACAAUGGAACCGCGUACACAUUUGCAAAGAACUACUGGGACCGUGGCAUAACCCUCCGUGGAUCCACUUCGCUUGGAACUUUGGAGUUGUACGCGGAAAACUCUGACGCACCGGUCCUCUCAUUCAGUGUGGACAGCAACCCAGCGGCGGCAGACUCUGCCUACGAGUCCGUUUCUCCGGUCUUGGAGGAACAGCUUCGCUCCGUGAUUAUCAGUCCACGGCUGACGGCCAGCCAGCGCGACCGAUUGUUUGCAGUACUACGGCGCCGCUGCAGAGCUUUCCCGUUACCAGGCCGACCCGUUGGUUGCACCACUGCCACCGAACACACCAUUAAAACCGGCGACUCACCACCAGUCCACCAGCAGCCGUACCGAACCUCGUGGACGAACCGUGCGUUCAUCCGCGAGAAGGUAGCCGAGAUGAAAGGGGAUGGGAUCAUUGCCGACUCCACCUCACCGUACGCUGCACCGGUUGUCCUCGUCGACAAAUUCGAGAACGAGAAGAUGACUAAAAGAUUUUGCGUUAACUACAAAGAUCUGAACGCACACACAGUCAAGGACGCCUACCCGAUGUCACGCAUUGCCGACGAAAUCGACGCUAUUGGACCAGCUGCUUGGUUCGUCACGCUUGUCUGA